AUGUCCUUCGCUCGCCGCCCGUCGCACAAGCGUAGCAUCUCCCUCGACAUCGAGCUGCAGGAGAUCGAGGACCCGGUGCAGCCCUCAAAGCACAUCGAUGAGUCCUUCCGGCGCGUACAGAUCCACGUCACCGGCGCCACAGGCCUCCCCUCUCCAUCCCGGAGCGCCUCAAAGACCCCCGCAGCCUACGUGCGCGUGAAGUCAGCCGAGUUCGACAACACGCCUGUAACGGUGAACUCAAGCGUCGCGUCACGAAGCACGGAUCCGACUUGGGGGGAGAACCUCACUGCCUUUCUGACGCGCACGGACAAACAGAUCAGCCUGGCGGUGUACCAUCGCGCGGCGUGGCCGGGGAAGCAUGUCCAGCUGUGCUACUCGGAGCCGUUCACGAUCGACGAGCUGCUCAACAUGCCCGGGGCUGACUCCCGCGACACUCCCCUGGCGCUUGACAUGAACCUCUCCAUCCCGCAACCACUCGGCAGCCCCAUGCCCAAACUCUUCAUCAACGCACGCGAAAUUGCCUCCCAGGAGAGCGCCCUCGUCGCCAUAAACCGCUCCAAGGCCCGCCGUCUCGCCGCCAUGGCCGCAGGCGGCAAAGACCGCACCACCCGCCUCAUCGAAUCGGAGAACCUACGACGCGGACGUAGUGUCUCAGUCUCCUUCGCCGACGUCGUCAACAAGGCGAACGAAACGACAAGCGAAGAGACUGUCGCCUCCGUCGUUACCCUUCCACAAUGA